CAUCCUGUUUCAACUUUACCAAAAUUUCUCACCUGGUUUUCUUGAAACUUCACCAGAGAUCACAUGUACUGGUGCAUGACACUAGUAACUUAUACAUUUCAAAAUCUUCCAAAAGUAUGAUAUCUCAAAUACUGUAUUAGUUUACACUGUAUGAUAUUUUGAAUUAUAAAUCCACGUCGUUAAAAUAUCAUAUCUGAGUUGGAAAAACCUGGGUUAUAUUUCCUGUGCUUUCCUAAUCCCCUCUUACAUUGAUAUAUAGAGUUUUAAAUAUAGUCCUACCCUACCUGUAUGCAAACAAAAUAACUAUAAAUAAUAUCACGUUAUCUGUCGUUAUAAAUCAAAUUUAUUUUAUUUACACAUCCGGAGCCUAACAACCUGACAACAUACAUUGUAGCUGUACAGAGUAUUUACUCUGGAGUCGAAUGAAUAUCUUAGCAAACUGCAGACAGUCUCUGUGUCGACUACUUCCUCGUACAAUAAUGGCAGACGCUGGCAAGCCACAGAAAGAUCCAUUUGCAGAGUUUGACCGGUUCGGGCGGCUUCUUGGCUUUACUGCGCCCCAGGGUCGACCAAGCUCUGAUAUUAGUACGUUCCGGGAACAUUUUGCCAAAGCCAAGCACAUUGUGGUUUUAACUGGAGCUGGAGUAAGUGCAGAGAGUGGUGUUCCAACGUUCCGAGGAGCAGGUGGAUUCUGGCGCAAGUGGCAAGCUCAGGUUAGACUUCAUGACAAGGGAGAUAAUCUCAUAGUUCUGACACUGCAAGGGGUAGGUAUACAGAGGUACAGUCCAAUCUGUGAGGCACUGGCAGGCAAGGGGGAGCCUAGUCCUGAAGUAAAGGAUGCUGGGAUACCAGUACAAGACUUGCCACGGUGUAAGAAGGAGAACUGUACAGGUCUGCUGCGUCCCCAUGUUGUCUGGUUUGGGGAGGGUUUGGAUCCGGCAGUGCUAGAGAGUGCAGAUCAGGAGCUGAAGGAAUGUGACCUCUGUUUGGUGGUAGGAACCUCCUCCGUUGUCUACCCAGCGGCCAUGUUUGCUCCAGAGGUAGCGAGUCGCGGUGUUCCUGUGGCGGAAAUAAAUAUGGAAGAAACUGACGUCACAGCAGGACUAGGAUUUCACUUCCAGGGAGCAGCGGGAAGCAUUGUGCCAGAAGUCUUGGCAAAACACGAGUCUGAACCCUGACACAACUGUAGCCUGUCGUGUCCAUCUAUGACUUAACACAGUGAAAGGAGUGUUAUACACUUAACCCCUUGACAGAAGAAUGUCAGUAUGUUAGCCUGGCCAGGUUAAAUGGUGUGUAGUCACUUCUGAAGCGUCAUUAAUUAUAAGCUACAGGGAUGAUUUUGGAGUGAGUCUUUAGAUCAUGUGGCCAUUGGUCUGUAGAAAUUUCAUUGAAGAGCGCUGUUCAACUUUCCCUUCUGUAUGUAUUUUACAAUAUAUGACUCAUCUGUUAUUCAAUGAAAAAUAACAUCCCUUCUGAUUUGUCGGGGUCAACGUGGCAAAGAGUUAGUUUGAUUCCUACAGCUAUCCUAGGGACUUUCAAAAUAAGGAACCUGAAACUGCUUGGGAGGAAACAACAAUACUAAAAUCUCAAUGCCAUAUCAGUGCAAUAGAUGUCAUGGACGCCAAACGAACUAUAUAUUUAACUUCUGACCAUCAUUAUUUUAGAAGAAAACCUCCACUGGUGGAAUCAGACAUAUAUUACAUAUGUAUAUGUCUCUGGUGGAAUCAGACAUAUAUUACAUAUGUAUAGGUCUCUGGUGGAAUCAAUGAAUUGCAAUUGAAUUUGUUGCAUUGUGCCUUUUGAUGAUUAAUAUACUAUGAUUAGUAUACUGGUAAUUUGUUAUCAUUUAAUAUAUAUAUGUUUAUAUAUUUAUUCCAAAAUUUUUUGGAUACUGUUAUGCUAUAUAUAUAUACUCUUACAAUGUAACGGAAUGUGUUACCAAUAUUUAUACAUUUAUUACAUUUUACCAGUAAAAUAUCCCUAAGGUUUUACAGUUAAUAUAAAGUUGUUAAUUUUUACUUUUUGUUAUUUUCAUAAUAAACCUAUACCAAUCAGAGAGCAGGGUUUAGUGUAAAAAAAUCACAGAAGAUUGCAUGGAGUUGUGACAUUGUGACGUCACAAUAUUCUGAACAGCAUUCUCUGUCGCCACAUUUUUUGGGGUGGGGAUGGACUGACCUGUUCUCAUAAGGACAUGUCAUUUGAAAGGAAAACGUGAUUAACAUAUAAGUACUAGUGAAAAACAUAAAGUUAGUCUCCUCACUUUUAUUAGAAACUGAGAAUAUCUUCAAUAUAAAUAAAGUAAAACAUGUGUAUCUUAAGGGGAGAUAACUCUGGUGUACCUGAACUCAAUGCAGUCUGCUCUCCACUCACAAAAGUCACUUCAACUUCAAAGCAUGAUUGAUCAGAGUUUACGGUUACGUUUUACCCUAAUGGAUGUAUAGCAAGGAAACGCGUCCCUCGAUUCACAUUGUAUGUGUUCUUUCAUAACUAGAAACUGGCAGGUAACAUACAAUUUUUAGGGUUAUUUCCUGCCCUUCCUUUGUGAUUUGUGUGUCUAUGUUACAAAUAAUUUGUUGAUUUACUUUUUGCAGUAUAUUUUCACAGAAACUGCCAUAUACAUUGCACGGCUUGAUGAUCACGCACCUGCAUCCUAAUUGUCGACUAUAUCGACCCUAUUUCAGAGACUUAAGUUAUCAUAUUUUAUAUUUUGAAAAUGUCUUCACCACUUGGAAGAUGCAUUGUCUCUUUCCACACACUUCAGUUGAACGGGGCUACACACAAUAAAUACAGAAUGAAAUGGCCCCUCUCUAAUCCUAACAGUUUUUAAUUGUUAAGUGGUUGGGGGCUAGAAAGGCUGGGUUUAUUCAGUUCAGUCAACCCUUGUCUACCACACAAUAAAACCCUUCCAGUGGCAUUUUGGCGUUAUAAAGGGAUUCAGAUAUAUAUUCAGGAACAAUAUCAGAUUUGUGAAAACUGAUGAAUGUAAAAGGUUGUUGACAAACGUUGGCAAUAAGUGAUAUGACAUUUAUACCAUCAAGGUUUUAUUUAACAUAUGGCAUUAUAUUGAAUUUUUACUGUAUAGUAAUAAAUUAGGGGCACUAAACUCGAUCACAGUUCCCCUCUAAAGUGAUAAAGGAGAGGGCAAUAUAUUGAGGUUUUAGAGUCUAGUGAGAGCGCAUUAUAUCGAGGUUUUAGAGUCUAGUGAGAGCGCAUUAUAUUGAGGUUUUAGUGUCGAGGGCAUUAAAUCAAGAUUUUACUUGAUGUGAUAAGGAUGGGAUAUCAAGGUUUUACUGUCUUGGUGGUUAUAUGGGCUAUUAAAUUCUUGCACUCAUCCAUGCAAGAUUGAUACAUUUGUAAAUAUGAAUUGUAUUAUUUCCAAUAAUUACCCACUCCUGUUUCUGUUUUCAGGUUCAUUAUAACAAUUCCUCGAGUAAUUAAUGGAACAAUUACUGUGUAUCAUGGUAAAGACAUCAGUUUAAAUAGGGGCUAGCUUUUGAGGUUGAGAAUUUACAAUUUUGUUUGAGACUGCAGGACAUCAAUUACUACCUCUUUAUGUAGAAAUCAAGGUUAUGGAAUGUUUGCUUUCUACAUUAAAGGGGUAUAUAUUAUAAUAUAGGUGUUUACUUCAUUUGAUUUAAGAAUAAAAUUGAUAGAUAUUUCAUAAUUAUUUCUUCCUCAAUUCUUUCUAUAUUCAAUUAAUAAAUAUAAUAUGUUUAUUAAAGUAUGUACCUUAUCAUGAAAUUAUUCUUAUCACCAUAAAAAUAAUGAAAAAGAGGAAAUAUUUGCAAAAACUCCAUUAGACUUUUUUCUUAACUCUUUCACC